UCUUAAAACUUGUGUUUGGUAGAACCAUAUAAUGUACUGCUUUACAUAUUGGUAUUAUUGUCAUACGUCUAUCGUCCUUUUAUGAUAAGUGCAUUUCGGUAUUGGAUCACGAACAUCGGUCUGUUUACGAUAUCGAUAGCAGAACAAAGGCCAGUGUGAUAACACCGCGAGAUCCGGAGAUAUGUAACGUGGCGUCUUGUGUUGAUACAACUUUGGAGGUCUACACUGUGGUUGAAUUUCAUUCCGAGGUUUGUCGCACAAGACAAACUUGUGUUGAGGUACGUCCAGCCAUAUACCAGCGAUAAUCUACGUCUUCUAUUCUCCCUGCUUAUACUGAGAUACACGACACUUUCAACAGGUGAGACACUGUAAGUAGAUGUUACAACAUCGUCAGAGACUUCGACACCACGACCAUGGAGAAUCCAUCUGACACUGUCCCCCAAAGCGCUCCUAUAUCUGCUGACCAGGUGAGAAACAACGCAGGAGGAUACGGGUGGAAGGUGGACGACAUCACCCGCCUCAAGCGCUUCCUAUGUCUGGGUUCAGAAGGAGGCACCUACUACACCUCACAGAAGGCCUUGACACAGCAGAAUGUUGAAUGUAUUGUGGAUCUUAUCAUUGAGGGAAAGGGGGUGGACGUGGUCAAAACCAUCAAACAGUUCAGUCUGGAGGGACGCACCGCCAAACAGACAUCCAUCCUACUGGCUCUUGCUGUCUGUUGCAGAAGCAGCGAUUUAACCACCAAACAAGAAGCCUACAAAGCUGUGCGUGAUAUCUGCCGAAUUCCGACCUUCCUGUUCGAGUUUAUUGAACGGUGUGAGAAGCAGGGGAAGACCACGGGGUGGGGACGGGCACACAGGAACGCCAUAUCAGCUUGGUACAACAGGUUCCAUGAUGACCCUGUCAAGCUCGCCAUGCAUGUCACUAAAUAUCGACAGAGGAACAGCUGGUCACACCGGGACGUCUUGCGACUGUCCCACACCAAACCCGUCAACGAUGCUGUCGGUGUGGUUCUGAGGUACGCCGUCAAAGGACUGUCUGAUGCUAAACAAAUGUAUGACAAACUGGAAUCAGAAUCCGUGAAGCAGGUCCUGAAGUUCCUUAGUGUUGUGGACGAGGCCAAAUCCUGUACCGAGGAAAACAAGAUGGUGGAGCUGAUUCGACAACAUGGACUAGUACGGGAGCACAUCCCCACAUCACUGCUGUCGUCGGUUUCUGUUUGGAAAGAACUACUUCAGAAAAUGCCGAUGACAGCGAUGAUAAGGAACCUUGGUAAGAUGACUUCCAUCGGUGUGCUAACAGACGGUAGCUCUGAGGAAGAUCUGGUGGUUCAGAAAGUGACAGACCGAGACUCCCUGAAACAAGCCAGGAUCCACCCGUUCAAUGUGUUGGUGGCUCUGAAGACCUACACAGCAGGCUGUGGAGAGAAGGGCAAACUGACGUGGACACCAACUAAACGUAUCAUGAAAGCUCUGGAUGAUGCAUUCUAUCUGUCCUUCAAAUUUGUGUUACAAACGAACAAACGUUAUCUUCUAGCUGUGGACGUGAGUGGUUCCAUGGAUUGUUCUGUGAUGGGUACACCGUCAGUCUCGUGCAGGGAUGCUGCAGCUGCCAUGAUGAUGGUCACGAAGCGGACUGAAGAACCAGAUAAUUCCACCGUCAUUGCCUUCUGUGAUAAGUUAACCCACCUUGAAAUCGAACACACAGAUGAUUUGGACACAGUGACAGGCAAAAUAAGUAACAUGCCAUUCGGGGAGACUGACUGCGCGCUGCCGAUGGUGUGGGCAAAGGAAAAUAAGAAGAUGUUUGAUGUGUUUGUUGUGUACACGGAUUGUGAGACUUGGUUUGGAAAAAUUCAUCCGUCUGAAGCUCUUCGCCAGUACAGGAAGUGGAGUGGAUUGUGGGAUGCUCGUCUGAUCGUCUGCGGAAUGGCCAGCAAUCAGUUCACAAUUGCAGACCCGGAUGAUCCCGGGAUGAUGGACGUUGUGGGUUUCGAUUCAGCAGCCCCAGAAGCCAUGCGCUCCUUUGUCAUGGGCGAAAUUUAAAUUCGUAGUUAUCUUCAGUAAGAUAAAUGUCUUUUAUCACGAUAGAUGUGCCUUACGAGAUCGGAUGUACUGAAAAUGGAGACAAAACGUGUAUUUUUGGAAGAGUGUGUGCAGGAUGUUAUUUGGGUUGUUGGAUUUCACGUUACUUGUGUGCUGGACGAUAAAUUGUGGUUUGAAAGGAAUUCUAGACGUCUGUGCUGUCUACAGUUCAGAUGGCAACGUUCAGACAGCAUGAUCGUAACUGACUGUGAGGUCUUCACAGCAGACAUUGCGUCGUUUUCAUUGUUUUUGUAUAUAUGUACGCGUAUACCCGGGUCCAUUAAUUGGGACUAGGAGGUUCGGUGGGAAGUGAAAAUCCAAUAUUCCAGCUGUAGGACAACACAUCUGGCACACACACACACACACACACAGAGGAACAAACACAAACACAGAGACA